GCAAAAGUCCAGGUGGAGCAGCUCAGCGCGUGCACUCACGCCCGCUGCGUUUCAAUGAGAGAGUAAGGAUUCGCGAGGAAACUGUGCAGAAUAUUACUUUAUUUUAACGCCCUGAGGAUUAUUUCCACUUCUCAAGGUUGGGAGGUUAGACAAGGACAUCUGGCUGACCUGCUGAACCGACACAGCACCCAUCAUGAUCAGAGCAUCACUCACGGCCAUUUGUCUUGCGCUCCUCCUGUCCUGUGCUUGCUGGGCCAAGCCUAAAGGAUCAAAGAACAAGAAACCAAAGCAAGUUAUUCCAGCCAUCGAGUGUGAUGUCAGAGCAGGGAAGAUCAAUCUCCCAGAGUUCAUAGCCAAGUGUCCUGCACACUGUAAGGAGACAAAGCAGCAAGUCUAUGGGACAGGCGUGUUCGCCUCCAUCUCCAGCAUCUGCAACGCAGCCAUCCACAGUGGCGUCAUCACCAACACGGGAGGAAAGGUGAUAGUGAGGAAGAUGGCGGGACAGAACAUCUACAAAGGCAGUAAUUCCAAUGGAGUGCGCUCGCUGUCUCUACCUAAGUGGAGGGAGUCGUUCGUUGUCUCAGUGGGGAAGCCCAAGAAAGGAGUGAUCUACCCAUCUACUCUGGACUACGUUCCCUCAAGACCAACCUACGUGAAAACAAGUCAAAAGGAGGCCAAAUCCCCUGCGACCACCACAGCGCUGCCUACGACAACAGCACCUGAACCCACCACGACUACAACACCUGAGCCCACCACCACCACCACACUGGCACCCACCACCACUACAACUACACCUCCACCCACUACCACCAAGCCUCGUGCUGCUGUCCAUAAAGUUAGGGAUGCAGGCAGCAGUCACCCAUACCUCGCCUCAAGACAGUCACAGAAUGAGCACGGAAAGAGGCCCAGCCAAGUAUUCAGAGGAAGUGCCUAUCCCAAUAGAUUCCCGCAACGUGCCAGUGCAGGUCUACGCAGACCAGAGGCAGGGUCGUCUAUCAGGAGACAACCAUCCUCUCCAGUUGGCCCAGUUUUUAACAGGGUUCAGCCGGCUCCGCCCGAGCGGUCUCCAACCAUGAGCCAGUCAAACCCCGCUUUUCCUAGAAGGGAUUGGGCACUCCCCGUCUUACCUCGUCCGGAUUGGUUCCCUGGAGCUCGACAACCGGCAGCUUAUGCAGCUCCAGACUCAGGAUACACGUGGAGUGAGACGGACACAUCUGAGAUUACAGCUCGGGAUCACAGGCCUGAUAUCUCAGAAUAUGAGCGCUGGUUUUAUAACUUUGGGACCGUACCUUACAUGCCACGCUCCACUGACUCAGAUGGACACCAUAAAGUGCCAUUGGAUAAAACCCAGACUAGAGUGGAGCCAGUGGACGCUUGGAAGCCAGACACAAAUCCUUAUGAAACAGGAUUUGCGGUUCGAUCACCCGGCUCCGCUCAGCACCCUGAGCUUGUGUCACAGGGAGACCCAAGUAUAUUGCAUGCGGACCUGGCCUUCCUGAUGGACGGGAGCUGGAAUGGGAAGAGGCGCUUUAAGAUCCAGAAGGACUUCCUGUCUGAGGGUCAGGUCAUCAACGUGGGUUUGUGGCCGGACCCAUGAUGGGUUGUCAUCCAAUACGGGGAUGACGCUGUGACAGAGAUCAGUCUGAGGUCCUACUCCAACUCCAGGGAGGUGAAGUCAGCCAUAGAAAAGAUAGGGCAGAAGGGAGGCCUCUCCAAUGUCGGUGAGCCCUCUCCCUACAUCAACACGCACUACUUCAGCGAUGCCAGGAACCGAGGAGGAGCUCCCAACGUGGCCGUGGUGCUGGUGGACGGCUGGCCCCACAGACAAGGUGGAGGAGGCGUCCGGCUCGCUCGCGAGUCUGGCAUCAACAUAUUCUUCGUGACCAUCGAGGGCCCCGACGACAACGAGAAACAAAACCUGGUUGAGACCAACUUUGUUGACAAGGCUGUGUGUCGGACCAACGGCUUCUACUCCCUGCCCGUGACCAGCUGGUUUGCUCUGAGGAAGGCCGUGCAGCCCCUGGUGAAGAGGGUGUGCGACACAGACCAGCUCUUGUGCAGCAAAACCUGCCUCAACGCCAACGACAUCGCCUUCGUCAUCGACGGCUCCAGCAGCGUGGGAACCGGAAACUCCGCACGUGCGCAGUUUGUGGGCAACAUCACGCGGGAGUUUGAGAUCUCUGACACCGACACGAGGGUCGGAGCUGUGCAGUACACCUACGAGCAGAGGCUGGAGUUUGGCUUCGGCCAGUACAACAACAAUGCCGAGCUGCUGAAAGCCAUCAAGCGCGUCAGCUACUGGAGCGGCGGGACGAGCACCGGUGCCGCCAUCACCUGCGCGGAGCAGCUUUUCAGCAAAUCCAAACCCAACAAACGCAAGAUCAUGAUUGUCAUUACAGAUGGGCUCUAUGAUGACGUCAGGGUACCCGCACUGGCUGUCCACGUCAAUGUGAGAGGAGGUCGAGGCUUCAGAGACUUUUGGGAGAGAGGUCAAGCAGUGAUUGUGUCCUUUGUGAUCGCCCACUCCAUCGGCAUUGCCUGGGGCCAGGACGAGCUGGAGUACAUCGCCACGGACCCCGACAAGGAGCACUCCUUCUUCGUGGACGAGUUCGACAACCUCUACAAAUUUGUACCCAAGAUCAUCCACAACAUCUGCCAGGAGUUCAACUCCCAGCCCAGGAACUGAGGCCAGACGGGCGGAGGGGAGGGGCAACCUGGGCCGUCUUAACAGAACACUGUCUGUAGAUUGACUCACUCGGUGGCCCAGAUGGUGGUGCUGCGCCCCAUAUAUACAUGAACAGGGAGGGGGUUUGAAUUUAGGUGACGAUUGUGAGUUCGGACAAAACAAAUCUUAACGUGAAUCCGCAUUCGGCCCCAAAUAUACAGAAAGGGUUUGCAUUCACAGUGACGUAUCGACAUCUCAUGUUUACUGUGGUGCCAUGAAGAGAACAGAGAAUUACUAAUUAUUUAGUAAGUCAUCCUUUAUUUAGGGUUUAUAAGUUGUAAAAGGUUUUUUAUUAAUAUUAGUGUUGUGAAAUAUCCCCCGACUGUAGAUGGUGUGAAUCCUUUUCUGACAUUAAGUUUUUUUUUGCUUUUUAUUUCCAUUAUUAGUUGACCCCUUGACCUUCUGUAAAAUAUCUGGACCAAAAUUAACUAAAUUUACUAACUGAAUAUUUGAAGACUUGAAUUUGUAACUACAAUCAUGUAAAAGCAGGCGUCGUUUUGACAACCCAAAAGUAGAAGCCCUCAAACACAACUUACAGAACCUUUACAAAGGAUGCCUUAUUAGGAAGUGGUUCAAAACAAUUAACACACAUAAAGCUACCUUACUGGGAUAUGGUGCUUGCAAUUGUAGAUUUAAAGCAUGGCUAGCACUUGCUCCUAUGGCUUAAGAUACUUCAUAAACUUAAUAUGGUGCUUUUUAUACAAUUCUCUGUAAAGAGGAUAUACUUUUCUUAGAAUUGGUGAAUAUUAAUCUUCCUAAUAGGAGAGAUUUGAUAGUAGGGACCUUGUUAAAGUUCCUCUCAAAGACUAUGCUGCUGAUACGGCUGUUGGUAUGAGUGGUAGCUGAAAUGAGGAUUAUGUGAAAGGCAAAUCAACAACACAGAACAAAGAAGUGGACUUGAGUGAGGAAAGAGGAGCUUUGUAUAUCUUUGUAAAGAGUGAUAGUCGAUCAGAAAUGUGCUUCUCUGGAAUGACAGUAGUUCAUCUCAUCACUCGUCGCAGGCUUUUCUCCGUUUUGAUGAAAGAGUAUUUAUGAUUUUCUUCCCGUUAUGUCCCGUUUGUACAUAUGCAUAUUAAGUCUUUCGCUUAUAAUGUUCAUAAUUGAUCAAUAUUUUUUGUUUCGUUUGGCAAUUUAUAAUAAAAGAAAAUAA